ACCAACCACUCUCAUACCAUACUAAUUUCCAGUAAACCUCUUCACUGUUGGCUAACAAUGGCUGAAGCUGCUGCUGCUGCCCUUGUCAAAGUCAUUUUUGAGAAGCUAGCCGAUGAAGCCUUCAAGAAAUAUGCCCGCUCUCAGAAUAUUCACUCGGAGCUCAAGGAAUUGGGGAUCACGCUGUCCCAGAUCCAAGCUCUGCUUAAUGAUGCCUCCCACAAGGAAAUAACUGAUGAAUCUGUUAGACUAUGGCUCAAUAGUCUCCAACAUCUGGCUUACGAUAUCGAUGACGUACUUGACAAGGUGGCUACUGAAGCUAUGCAUCGUGAGCUGACUCCAGAAUCAGAAGCAAGCACCAGCAUGGUAAGAAAACUCAUACCAACUUGCUGCACAAAGUUCUCACUAAGUCAUAGGCUGAGUCCCAAGUUAGACAGGAUUACCACCCGGUUACAACAUCUAGAAAAACAAAAUCCUGGUUUGAUUGUGAAAGGUGAAAAGCCAAAAAUUAAUACUAAUAGAAGAAACGAAACCUCUUUGCCAGAACGUGAUGUUGUUGGAAGAGAAGUUGAGACAAAGAAAUUGCUCAACCAGUUGUUAGUAGGUGAAUCAUCUAAGGAAAACUUUAGUAUCUUACCCAUAGUUGGUUUGGGUGGAGUGGGAAAGACCACUCUGGCUAGAAUAUUGUAUAACGAUACGCGGGUGAAGGAUCACUUUGAACUCAUGGCUUGGGUUUGUGUUUCCGAUGAGUGUGAUGUAUUCAAAAUAAGUGAAACCAUCUUUGAAUGUGUGGCUACAGAAAACAAACAGUUUAAAGAUGUAAAUCAGCUUCAAAUUGCUCUUAGAGAGCAAUUUAAGAACAAACGAUUUCUGCUAGUACUUGAUGAUGUGUGGAAUCAAAACUAUGAUGAUUGGGAAAUACUAGUGCGUCCAUUUCAUUCUGGGGCUGCUGGAAGUAGGGUAAUUAUGACAACGCGCCAGCAGGAUCUGCUAAAAAAGAUAGGUUUUAAUCAUGUAGACAAUCUCGAGAGUUUGUCGCAUGAAGAUGCGUUGUCUUUAUUAGCUCUACAUGCAUUAGAUGUAGAUAACUUUGAUUCGCACGAAACACUUAAACCACAAGCUGACGGUAUUGUGAAAAAGUGUGGUGGUUUGCCUUUAGCUUUAAAGGCAAUUGGAAGGUUACUCAGAACAAAAACCCAGGGCGAAGAAUGGGAUGACGUGUUGAAAAGUAAGAUAUGGGAUUUAGAAAAUGCUGAUGCAAUUGUUCCAGCCCUAAGGCUAAGUUACCAUGAUCUUUCUGCUGAUUUGAAGCGCUUGUUUGCAUACUGCUCUUUGUUCCCAAAGGACUUUAUGUUUGACAAGGAGGAGUUGAUAUUACUAUGGAUAGCUGAAGGGUAUCUGAACGAGUCAACUGCAGACAAGUCACCAGAACGGUUGGGCAAGGAAUAUUUUGAGAAAUUGCUUUCAAGGUCCUUUUUUCAACCCGCACCUAAUGGUGAAUCGUUUUUUGUGAUGCAUGAUCUCAUGAACGAUUUGGCUGCAUUUGUUGCUAGAGAAUAUUUUUUAAGGUUUGAAAAUCAGACGGAGAUGGCAGUGGAAGCUUUAGCCAAGUACCGACAUAUGUCAUUUAUGCGUGAGGACUAUGUAGGUUUCCAGAAGUUUGAGGCAUUUCAAAGAGCAAGAAAUUUGAGAACACUGUUAGCUGUAUAUGUUGGGGUAGAACAAAGCUGGAACACGUUUUACAUAUCCAAUAAAAUUUUGGUUGACUUACUUCCUCAGCUAAAACUGUUACGGGUUCUUUCUUUGAGCCAUUUUGACAUAAGUGAGGUACCGGAUUCCAUCUGUCGUUUGGACCACUUGAGGUAUCUUAAUUUGUCUCGAACAAAUAUCUCAAAGUUACCAGAGAAUGUUGGUAAUCUUUACAAUUUACAAACAUUGAUCGUUUUUGGUUGUGAGAGCUUGAGUACAUUGCCUAAAAGCUUCCUAAAGCUCAAAAAAUUGAGGCAUUUUGACAUCAGGGAUACUCCACUUUUAGAGAAGCUACCCUUGGGGAUUGGUGAGUUAAGAAACCUUCAAACUCUCACCAAGAUUAUCAUUGGAGGCGAUGGUGAAUUUGCAAUAACCGAGCUUAAGGGAUUAGAGAAUUUACGUGGGGAACUUUCCAUUGAAGGAUUGCACAAAGUGCAAAUCCCAAUGCAUGCAAGGGAGGCGAACCUAUCUCAAAAAAGGCUUACAAAGUUAAAGCUGAAAUGGGGUUAUGGUUAUCAGAGAGGAACACUUGAGAAGGAGGUUCUCACUGAGCUCAAGCCACACAUUGAUACGUUGAAACAUUUUGGAGUUGAGUAUUACGGGGGAGGAGAGUUUCCAGGUUGGGUCGGGGAUCCCUCUUUUCGUGAGUUGGUUUAUGUGUCGAUAAUUGGUUGUAAAAAAUGCACUUCUCUACCACCAUUUGGGAAGCUACCUUCACUUAAGGCGUUGUUGAUUCAAGGAAUGGAUGAUGUUAAACUCAUAAGCUUGGAGUCAACUAGGACUAACGAUGUUACCUUCCCUUCACUUGAAAUUCUAAGGUUUGAAGACAUGUCUAGUUGGGAGGUAUGGUCAACCAAUAGCGAGGUAAUGUUUCCACGCCUUCGAGAGCUUCAAAUAAUCAAAUGUCCCAAUUUGAGUGAUGUCUCACUUGAAGCAUUACCUUCGCUAAGAGUUCUGGAUAUAGAGGGAUGUGGUGAAAGUGUGCUGAGAAGUCUGGUUAAAGCAGCUUCAUCAACCACUAAAUUGGAAAUUAGAUCGAUUUUAGGGCUUACGGAUGAGGUGUGGAGAGGUGUUGUAGAGUAUCUUGGGGCGGUUGAAGAACUAAGCAUACAACAUUGCAAUGAAAUAAGAUACCUGUGGAAAUCAAAUACAGAGGCAAGUAAAGUUCUUGUAAAUUUAAAGGAAUUGGAGGUAAGGUAUUGUAAAAAGUUGGUGAGUUUAGGAGAGAAAGAGGAGGAUGAGGAUAACAUUGGGUGCGACCUCCUAUCAUCCCUUAGGAAGUUGGAGAUACAGUCAUGUGAAAGUAUGGAGCGUUUGUGUUGUCCAAAUAGCAUUGAGAGUUUAGUGAUCAAGUGGUGUAGGUCAGUUAGAGAUGUCUCCUUCCCAAGAGCAACAACAACAGGUGGAGGAGGGCAGAAUCUCAAGUCACUUACUAUACAUUGCUGUGGAAAUCUGAAAUCAAUAAAUCAAUUGAGUAACUCCACUCACCUCACCUCUUUGACAAUAAGUGGCUGUGAAAACAUGGAGUUAUUUUCUGAUCUGCAUCAGCUAUCAAAUCUCACCUGGUUGUCUAUAAAUGGUUGUAAAAGCAUAGAGUCAUUUUCUGACCUUGAGCUAUCAAACCUCACCAGGUUGGGAAUAGCUUGGUGUGAAAGCAUAGAGUCAUUUCCUAACCUCCAUCUGCCAAAUCUCACACAUUUGUAUAUAGAAAGUUGCAAAAACAUGAAGGCAUUUGGUGACCUGCAGCUACCAAAUCUAAUCAGUUGGAGCAUAUGGGAGUGUAAAAAUCUGGAGUCAUUUCCUGACCUUCAGCUAUCCAAUCUCACCAUGUUAAAAGAUAUGUGGAUCAGCAAUUGUCCAAUGAUUGAUGCUUCCUUUCCUCGUGGGCUUUGGCCUCCCAAUUUGUGUUCCCUUCGAAUAGGGGGGUUGAAAAAGCCCAUCUCAGAAUGGGGCUAUCAGAAUUUCCCACCUUCCCUUGUUAAACUAGAGUUACAGGGUGAACCUGAUGUGAGUGAUUUUAGUCAAUUGUCCCACCUUUUCCCUUCUUCUCUUACAUAUCUGGAGAUAAACAAUUUUGAUAAACUGGAAUCAGUUUCAAUGGGACUCCAACACCUCACAUCCCUUCAACAUCUCAACAUUUGGAGAUGCCCAAAGGUGAACGAUUUACCAGAGAUGCUGUUACCUUCACUUUUGAGUUUGAGUAUAAGUAAUUGCCCAAAAUUGAAAGAAAGGUGUAAAGGAAGAGGCUCCCACUACUGGCCCCGAAUCUCUCAUAUCCCCUGCAUCUACAUGGACGGCAGGAACAUAUCCUAAAGGAUCUUCUGGGUGAUGGAACAUUCACAGUUGACCAGGUCAAAUUCAAGAACAGAGAAAAGUCUCAAGGUGUGAAUUUUCAGGGAAAGUAUCUUGAGUAAAGUGCAGUAAAACUCGCGCAUAUAAUUACUGAAUCAGCUAAUAACAGACAAAGUGUCGAUGACAUAAGUGAUUUAUUCAUCAAAGCAUGUUUAUUAGCUGAUCUAGACUAAGACUGAACAAAUGAACAGGGGACAAGAUGAUUUCUAUUGAAGAAAGAAGACAUUCUAUCAAGGUUUCUGCAUAGCAACAACACACGUCCAAAGUCACAGAUGUUGAAGAAUUUGCAAACAGUGUGAGUGAAGAAAGCCUAGAAAAGAUACAAUAUCUUAAUGCAGAUUUUAACGAAACUCUCAAGACUCUUUCAUGCAGUUCCCAUGAUAUGGAUAAUGCAUGAUGUAUCUGAUGGUUAUGUUGUGAAGAAGGAGGAUACUGCCGCUUUAUCAGAAAAAUGGUUUCGUCAAAGUGUUGUUUCUUUGAAAGCUUCUUUAAGUUUCAGGCUUUUAAGGGCCUUUGACUUAUCAACAUGGGGUUACUAGUAGUCAGAGGUUCAAAAUGGAACACGUUGGCUUGGUGCACUGAGUAUGUUCAAUGAUUACAUUUCAAUACGGAAAUUACGUUAGCUGAUUUGAUUUUGGGACUUAAGACCAUGACAUCCUAAAGGAUCUUCUAGGUGAUGGAACAUUCACUGUUGACCAGGAAAAAAAUGAGAUAAGAGAGAUUUUAGCAGUGGUUUAUUCAUGUAGGAUUUGAUUUAACUGAAGGAGGUCUUAGAUAUAUAAUGCUUUUGAUGAUGUAACUGCAUUGACUCUCAAAUGGUAUGUUGACAUAACAAGGAAAACUAAGAAAGCUUUAAAUAUUAGACCAGAGGCUAAGUAAAGGAAAACUAAGAAAGCUUCAAAUGGUAUGUUGCAUUUGGUUUGAUUAAUUUAGGCAUUUUGUUUACUGCGGAGUUAUGAUAAAGAAAAUAAACAUUUCUAAUUUGAUUAAUUGUAUUAAUACUUGAUAUGAAGUCUGUGAAUAACUUAUAUAUUACAACUAAACUUUUGCAGGAACAUUCACAGUUGACCAGGUCAACUUCAAGAACAGAGAAAAGUCUCAAGGUGUGAUUUUUCAGGGAAAGUAUCUUGAGUAAAGUGCAGUAAAACUCGCGCGUAUAAUUACUGAAUCAGCUAAUAACAGGCAAAGAGUCGAUGACAUAAGUGAUUUAUUCAUGAAAAUCAGUUGGAUUCAAUAUUCAAAGUGAAGGUCUUAAGAAAUUGUCAAAUAUCGGACUAGAGGCUAAGUUAAAGGAAAGGGACAAAGUGCUUGAUAAUGGACAACAUCAUUUCUGUUGAAGAAAGAGUUUGCAAGGUUUCUGAAUAUCAACAACACACAUCCAAAGUCACAGAUGUUGAGGAAUUUGCAAACAGUGGACAUGUAACCAUUACAUCCUAAAGGUUCUUCAAGGUGAUGGAACAUUCACAGUUGAAUGGGACAAAUGAUUCAUUCAUGAAAGCAUGUUGGAUUUGACAUUCAAAAUUGCUUUGGGAAUUGAUGUUGACAGCAAUCAGCAUAACCAGGAAAUUUAAGGAAUUUUUAAAUAUCACACCAGAGGCUAAGCUAAAUGCAAGAAGAUCAAAGUGGUUGAUGAGUUUGUUUAUUAGCUGAUCUAGACCAAGACUGAACAAAUGAACAGGGGACAAGAUGAUUUCUAUUGAAGAAAGAAGACAUUCUAUCACAGAUGUUGAAGAAUUUGCAAACGGUGUGAGUGAAGAAAGCCUAGAAAAGAUACAGUAUCUUAAUGCAGAUUUUAACGAAACUCUCAAGACUCUAUCAUGCAGUUCCAGUGAAGACUCACCAAAGGAACCCUUGAGCUGUUGUUACAAGUUGUGUCUGGUGGCAUUUGUCGCUCAUGGGCGAAACUUAUAAGCGAUGAAGAAUCAGUGGUUAAGAAACUUGCAUACGAUGACAACUUACCAACUGAUGAAGAGAAAAAGAACUGGCAAAUGAAGCAAAUCACCUCUACUGAAGAUUAAUGAAGAAGACUCGCCAAUGAAAAAGAGAUGUCACAUGUCAGCCUAUCAUUCGAUGAAGACAAUAUGCUGAGAAGAUGUUAUGCGUAACUGUCACUUGUCAAUUCCGUACAUCUCAACAAGAAUAUAAACACAUGUGUCCACAUUAAAUUUUUUUAUCACUUGACCCCAUAGCUUAGUGUGUCAAGCUUUUGAGUGCGAGUUCAGUGUGUGGCCUAUAUGUGUAAAACCUUCCAAGGAAAUUUGUAAGUCACCAUAUUCAUAGCUAGAGUGUUAGCUAGGAAAGUGUAUGUAAUUAUAACUUUAAUCCUUGGUUUAAAAAAGCAGGAAGCACACAAAAGCAAUGA